AUGUCUGUUGCAGACUUCACAAUAACUGACGAGGAGAUACCUUUCAAUUACAGCUUGGUGGAAGAGAAAACUGUAAGUCAUAUUGGUUAUCUCUCUUCAUCACACUCUGAGAAAAAGAAUCAGGUUGGAAUCUGCUUGUUUCUGGUGGAGCUGUGUGAGAGGUUCACUUUCUUUGAAGUUGUCUGCAACAUGAUCCCCUUUUGCACUGUCAAGCUUGGCUACCCCAACCACCAGGCUGCCAUUUUGAACUUGUGUUUUAUUGGAACUUCAAUACUUACCCCUGUGAUUGCUGGAUGGCUUGCCGAUGUAUACGUGAGAAGGAACAAACUGGUAUACUCCUGUUUAUUUCUACAUUUUCUAGGCACAGCUUUAUUAUUUGUGAUUGCUUUUCCCUUGGAAGAUUUCUAUCUGGGCUCUUACCAUGUGAUGAACCACAUACCCAAACAGGAACAGAACAGGCUGCUUUACGUAGCCCUGUUGACCAUCUGCCUUGGCCUGGGAGGAAUAAGAGCCAUCGUUUGUCCACUGAAUGCUCACAGCCUUCGGGAGUAUGGCUCCAAGAAACCAACGUCUUUUUUUAACUGGUUUUAUUGGCUCAUGAACCUCAACACAACUGUUGUCUUUCUGGGAAUAUCUUACAUUCAGCACUCAGGAGCCUGGGUCCUUGUUUUACUUAUUCCUUUUAUGUCUAUACUNNAGGCUAUGUUAACCCUUAGCCUCUUACUUUACACAAAGAUCUAUCAAGGUCAGAAGAGUUGCUCCCUCCUGACAACCUUCAGGGUGUUUAUGAGUGCACUGAAAACAAGCUGCCUGCAAUAUGGCCGGCUGGGCCGAGAUACGACAAGCUGGUUAGACCAUGCCAAAGAAAGAAAUGGUGGCUGCUACAGUGAGCUCUGUGUGGAAGACAUAAGAUUUUUCUUCACUCUCCUUCUGCUCUUUAUUUCUCAGCUCCUAUACAGAAUAUGCAUUAUGCAGAUUCCUUCAGGAUAUUAUCUCCAGACCAUGAAUUCCAACCUGAAUUUGGAUGGAUUUCUUCUGCCAAUUGCAGUAAUGAGUGCCAUCAGCAUCCUGCCAUUACUAAUUCUGGCUCCCUUUAUGGAGUAUUUUAGCACCUGCCUAUAUCCCUCUAAGAGAGAUGGACCAUUUCUAUGGGCAUGUAUUAUUGCUGGAAAUCUCUCUGCUGCGUUUUCUGUGAUGGUCGCGGGCUUCUUUGAAAUACACAGAAAACACUUCCCUUCAGUGGAGCAGCUUCUUUUAGGCAAAGUUCUCACUGUUUCUUCCAUGCCCUGUUUCUACCUGGUUCUUCAGUACGUUUUACUUGGAGUAGCUGAAACUCUGGUAAACCCAGCCUUCUCUAUAAUAUCAUACAGAUUCGUUCCAAGCACCAUCCGAGGAACUUUUGUGAAUUUUUUGACGUUGUUCAAUGGAUUUGGAUGUUUCACAGGGGCCCUGCUGGUGGAACUGGUAUAUCUCAUCUCAGAAGGCAAUUGGUUUCCAAACACAUUAAACAAAGGCAAUUUAGAAAGCUUCUUCUUCUUCCUGGCAUCAUUAACACUGUUGAACGUCCUGGGAUUCUGGAGUGUUUCACAAAGAUAUUGUAAUCUAAAUCAUUUUAAUGCCCAGAACAUCAGUGGAAGUAAUCUUGAAGAAACACUUCUCCUCCAUGAAAAGUCUCUGAAAUUUUAUGGCAGUAUCCAGGAAUUGUUUUCAAGUAUUGAUCUUUGGGAGACAGCCCUAUGA